AUGAAAUACGUCGCUGCGUAUAUGUUGGCUAGUCUCGGCGGGAACGCUCAACCAACGGCAAAGGAUUUGGAAAAAAUUUUGGGUGCUGGCGGUUUGGACGUUGAUAUGGAGAAUGCUAAAGCAGUGGUUAAAGCGCUUGAAGGCAAAAAUCUCGAUGAGGUUAUUGCUGCUGGUGAAAAGAAACUUUCGAGCGUGCCAUCAGGAGCUCCGGCUGCUGCUGGACCUGCUGCAACGGGAGCCGCAGCUGCUGCACCUGCAGCUGAAGAGAAAAAGGAGGAGAAGAAAAAAGAGGAAAAGAAGGAAGAAAGCGAUGACGAUGAUAUGGGCUUCGGACUUUUUGAUUAAAUGAAGAUUGAAUUAUAUUUUAAUUAAUGAUAAAUUGUUGCUGUUU